GACACGUGUUUUACAUACGGUAGAGUUGUUGAACAAGAGCUGGUUAGCAUACGAGAGUGGCUUGGAUUUACCAUAGUGAUGUAACAGAAUGUAUACUGAGAAGAUGAAGAGGUUCUACAGGCCAUGCUCCAGUACUAAGGAUGGUCUCAGUCUACCGUCAUACGAUGCCCUGGCCCGGAUCCUCUCAGACAACACCACUACAGCUCCAGCUGGGGAAACAGAGGAGUCACAGGGCAACAGACAUAUCAACCAGACGUAUCAGAAACACACUCCACACAAAAGAGCUCCUCUCCCUGACUUUGAGGAUGACCUUCAAAGCAAAGAAGUGGAGAACUACCGAACAGCGAUGCGUAAAAUGGCGGAGGACAUCAUAGCCCUUAGGACCCAGGUGGUAACCUUGGGGACGGACAACAGCCAACUCCGCAGUGAUCUCACGCUGCACCAGGACCUAGGGCGCCACCUAUUGGACGAUACUGAUGUAGACGUCAUGACCAAGGCGGAGAUCGCUGACCGGAUAGCCUCUCUGAAGUUUAAGCUGGCCAGUGAGAGCAGCAAGGCUUCAGCUCAGAGAGACAAGAUACAACAGCUACAGAAUGAUCUGAUCAGGAAGAAUGACAGUGAAAAGGAGUUGCUGCGUCUCCAGAGAGCUCACCAGCAGCAACAGACCGUCCUACAGCGAUACCACAGGACUGUCUCCAAGACUGCAGGCCUGGAGGCCACCGUUAAACAGCAGGAGAAGAUCAUUGAGAAGAUGGAGAAGCUUCUGGACAACACACUGGCAGAGAAGAGCAAGGGCAAUGCAGAGAGGAAGAGGAAGAUGAAACCAACAGGCGAGGAGGAUAACAGGAAGGAGAUAGCGACAGCAGCAGAGAACAGUCGACUCAGAGGAGAACUGGACAAGAUACAUUCCCAACCACCUCAAGCUGCCAUCAUCAUACAGCCUGCACAGGUGUUCCCAGACAGAGAGAGGCUGAGUCUGCUCAGUAAGCUGGAGAAGGCAGAGACCAGAGUACGAACACUUGAGAAACAGCUGGAAGACAACUCGAAGCGAUGGGGCAAACAGAAACAAGACAUGCUGACCAGACUCAGUGAACACAUCUACGGUUUGGAUCGCACGUCAACCACCAUCGUCCAUGAUCUACCCCUGGUCCAUGAUCUACCCCUGGUCCAUGAUCUACCCCUGGUCCAUGAUCUACCCCUGGUCCAUGAUCUACCCCUGAAGAGUCUGACCUCUAACCUCCCUGCUACCUGUGUUUCUGUCUCCUUCAGAAGAGUGUGUCAGAUUCUGUGCUGGUGCGUACCCGACAAAGAGAGCUGAAGCCGGUGAAGAAGUGACCCUACCUCCCAUACUUGACCUCUAACCCCUGACUACCUGUGUGUCUGUCUCCUUCAGAAGAGUCUGACCUCCAACCCCUGACUACCUGUGUGUCUGUCUCCUUCAGAACAGUCUGACCUCUAACCCCAAACUCCCUACCUGUGUGUUUGUCUCCUUCAGAACAGUCUGACCUCUAACCCCAACCUCCCGACUACCUGUGUGUCUGUCUCCUUCAGAACAGUCUGACCUCUAACCCCAUCCUCCCUACCUGUGUGUCUGUCUCCUUCAGAACAGUCUGACCUCUAACCCCAACCUCCCUACCUGUGUGUCUGUCUCCUUCAGAACAGUCUGACCUCUAACCCCGACCACCUGUGUGUCUGUCUCCUUCAGAAGAGUCUGACCUCUAACCCCCUACUACCUGUGUGUCUGUCUCCUUCGGAAGAGCCUGACCUCUAACCCCCGACUACCUGUGUAUCUGUCUCCUUCAGAAGAGUCUGACCUCUAACCCCCGACUACCUGUGUGUCUGUCUCCUUCAGAAGAGCCUGACCUCUAACCCCCGACUACCUGUGUGUAUGUGUCCAUCAGAAGAGUCUGACCUUUAACCCCGACCACCUGUGUAUCUGUCUCCUUCAGAAGAGUCUGACCUCUAACCCCCGACUACCUGUGUGUCUGUCUCCUUCAGAAGAGCCUGACCUCUAACCCCCGACUACCUGUGUGUAUGUGUCCAUCAGAAGAGUCUGACCUCUAACCCCCGACUACCUGUGUGUCUGUCUCCUUCGGAAGAGUCUGACCUCUAACCCCCAACUACCUGUGUGUAUGUGUCCAUCAGAAGAGUCUGACCUCUAACCCCGACCUCUCGGCUACCUGACCUACUCAACAUACAGACCUGAUACCCAGCUAACACCCCAGGACAAAGUCAUUCAUUUUCCUGAAAAUGUCUUUUGUUUUUUAGUUAUUAGACAAUAAACAUUUUCCAAAAAAUAAAAGUAUAUUUCAUUUUUGUUAAA